GAAAGUUUUACUGAUAAAAUGAAUUUGAGAUAAUUAAGUCGCAGUAUUGGUUCAACAUUGGUUACGUGGACAAGUUGGAAUAUUGAAACACAGACAUGGGAAAUAAAUUAGGAAGAGAUGCCCUCGAAGGAAAAGGUGCCAUUGUAACUGGAGCAAAUUCUGGAAUAGGCGCAGCAGUGGUUCGAAAACUGUUAGAAUAUGGUAUGGUCGUCGUAGGCAUCGACACAGAGACGGAUUAUCUAGACGAAUUAAAAGAGGAAGGCGAUAAUUCAACUUUAUUGCACGUGGUACAAGCAGAUAUUACAGAUGAAGAAGAAGUGCUCGAUGCUUUCCAAUGGAUCAGUGAUAACGUCGAAAAUAUCGAUGUGCUGGUAAACAGCGCUGAGAUUAUUGAAGAAAGUUCUAUUCUGGAUGGUGAUAUUGAAUCGUGGAAGAAAAUGGCGAAAACCAAUAUUUUGGGUCUUUGUACUUGUACAACUGAGAUGAUAAGAGCUAUGAAAGAUCAAAAAAUUGAUCUGGGACUUAUUGUUAAUAUGAAUAGCGUCGCGGCUGAUGAAGUUGCUCAAGAAUCAAAACAUCAUUUCUACUCGGCUACGAAACACGUCGUAAAAUAUUUGACGGAAUACUUACGUCAUGAAUUGGAGCUUUCGCAGCAACCAAUUAAAAUCACGAACGUCUGUAUCGGUCCAAAUGAAACAUUCUCCGUCGAUAGCUACGAGAACGAAUGGUUCGGAGUGGAGGGUAGUUUGGAGCUGGAUGACAUCACCGGUGUAAUAGAAUACAUUAUCCAUACCCCAUCCCAUGUUCAAAUUCGCGACUUAUGCGUGGUGCCGAAAAAAUAAAUACGGAUUGGUAUCAUUAGCACACUUCCCAAAUGUUUUACAUUGUAAUUAAAUAUCUUCAGACGCGAAUUAUAAUAGAAUAUUUAUUCAACUAUAAAAUAUUAAAAUUCAUUUUACACAUAUA